AUGGCCGAGGAGGCAGCAGCAAGCGCCACGCCGCCAUACCACCCAGUGGUGCAGCAGAUUUUGGAUGUGCUGACGACGAAUGACUGUUGGCAUCAAACGUUUGAGCAUGAUGCUGUGUUGACGUCCGAGGCCGCGGCCGCGACGCGACCUGGGUACGGCCUGCACCAGGGCGCCAAGGCCAUCGUUGUGCGUUACAAGGUCAAGGGCGCAGCGACCCCGCGACAUGCCAUGCUGGUGCUGCCUGCGGACGCCAAGUUUGACAACCGUGCUGCAAGAAAGGCGCUGGGUACCAAGGACAUUCGCUUUGCGCCCGAGGAUGAGGUGGCGACCUUGACCGGCAACGUCCUCCCAGGAGGCGUUCCGCCUUUCGGGAACCUCUUUCAGCUAGACGUACUGGUGGAUCGAAAGCUGCUCGACAAUGAACGCAUCGUCUUUAAUGCCGGCGACCGCCGAUUCUCUGUGGCCAUGCUACUCCAAGACUACCUUCGGCUGGUGGAUCCGACCGUGUGUGACUUUACCGUUGACCCAGCUGCCUAA